UACGGGUGUAGAACGGCAUGAAGACAUAAAAGGAACGGAAACAUUGUGAUUUCAUUCUGUUCCUGAAACACGAUGGAUCUGCGAGUCUCUGUCGUUCUUCUUUUCAUUUUUCUCAAUGGAGGAUAUUCUCUGAAGUGUUACACGUGCGAGCCUGAUUCAGUUGGUUACUGUGACGCAAAAGUGAAGACAUGUCCAGAUGGAUUUUCUAAAUGUGGAAACACUAUAAUGGAAAAAUCAGUUGGUUCCUCUAAGGGAUCUUACACAGCUAAAGGGUGUAUAACUAAAUGUAAUCCAGGGACCCAAAAGAAUGAAUUAGGGACAGUGUCUCUCCACUGCUGUGACACUGAUCUCUGCAACACAGCAGAUGGAGUGUUUAAGGGAAGCUUCCUCCUGCUCUUCUCUCCUCUGCUCUUCUACUUCCUGUUUCAGUGAGUCCAGAUUCAAGACUUCAGAUUCUACAGCGAAGAUCAGC